AUGGCCCUUGCUGCUGGAAUGUAUGGCACUCGAACCCCGGUCAGCGCCCGUUGCUUCAGCAAUACGCAGGAGGUCCUUGCUCGCUUGUCUGGUAUGGAUACCUGUGCACUGUGCGAUGCGAGCGGGAAGAAGGCGAGGGUCGUCAGAGGCAUCAGGCCCUUAAAAACCGGAUAUCACAUGGUGGGGCGAGCACGAACGGUUGCUAUCGAUGGGGACUUCUUGGAAGUUCUCGCCGCUGUGCACGAUGCAUCUGCUGGGGAAGUCAUCAUGAUCGAUACGUGCGGGGGUGGUGAAGCGGAUGCUUCGUGGCCGAGAGCGGGAGGAAUGUUUGGCGAGCUUAUCGCAAACGAGGCCGCCCGAAAAGGCGUCAGUGGCAUGGUCAUCGACGGCAACUGUCGUGAUACGCCCUUGUUGCUGCAGAUGGCCCUGCCUGUGUAUUGUCGUGGGCAUCAUCCCAACGCCGGGACUGCCAACAAGAGGGGCCAUACCCAAGUCGAAAUACAGAUAGGUGGAGUAGCUGUAAAGCCUGGAGACUAUGUCCUUGGCGAUGAUGAUGGGAUUGUCGUGUGCUCUGAGAGUGAGCUUGAGGCAUGGCUUUCCAAAGCCGAGGCCAUCCAAGCAAUCGAAGGCAAAAUGCUUUCUCACAUUGAAGCCGGGAGAAGCCUCUUCGACAAGCUUCCAAACUUCCAAGAACACCUUGAGGCAGUCCGCAACGGCACGAAGUCAUCACUCAAGUUCGCCGAAUGA